AGUCUAGGAAGCGACAGCCGAGAACGCGGCCUGCCUGCCUGCCUGCCUGCCUGCUAUAUACUCCGCCUCCGCCUCCGCUCUCGCCUCCGGUGGUUGGUUGGUUCCUCCACACCUACCAUAGCCCGACUUCCCGCUCUCCCUGUCAGCUCACCGCCCGCCCCAGAUCUCCUCUCCGCCCAAACAGAACCAAGCUUCGCAGCGCAGCGGAUCCGCCCCGCGCUUUGCCGCCGGCAACCAGCCAUGGCGACGGCCUUCGAUGCCUUCACCGACAAGAACGCCGUCUUCCGCCGCCUCAAGGCCAAGCCCGAGAACAAGAUGUGCUUCGACUGCAACGCUAAGAACCCCACCUGGGCCUCCGUCACCUACGGCAUCUUCCUCUGCCUCGACUGCUCCGCCGUCCACCGGAGCCUCGGGGUCCACAUCACCUUCGUCAGGUCAACGAACCUUGACUCAUGGACUCCUGACCAGCUGAAGAUGAUGGCUUUCGGAGGCAACAACCGGGCACAUGCUUUCUUCAAGCAGCAUGGAUGGACCGAUGGUGGAAAGGUUGAGGCAAAGUACACAUCGAGAGCUGCUGAACUGUACAGGCAGAUGCUUAACAAGGAGGUCGCUAAGAGUGCCAUGACUGAUAAUGCCCUGCCAUCCUCACCUGUCACAUCUGAGGCUUCCAAGCCAUCCGAUGAUUUCCCUGAAUUCAAGCUCCCAGAUGUGCCAGCACCACUGGCAGAGAAUCUGAAUGGGAAGCAUGAGCCCAAGUCCCCCAAAGCCGCUCCCCGUUCACCAAAAGCUGCUACUCAUCCCACCUUUGCCACUUCUGUAAAGAAGCCCAUUGGUGCAAAGAAGGUUGGAGCCAAGACUGGAGGGCUUGGUGUUCGAAAGCUUACUACAAAGCCAAAUGAAAGCCUGUAUGAGCAGAAACCAGAAGAGCCAAAACCUGCUGUACCUGCCUUGGCUGCUUCAACUACAGCAAAAGGUGGUCCAUCCUUACAUUCACGUUUUGAAUACGUGGAGAAUGUGCCAUCAGCUGAUUUGAGAACUGGCGGAUCUGGAUCUCGUGUGACUGGCCAUGUAGCCCCACCAAAAUCAUCAGACUUCUUUCAAGAGUAUGGGAUGGGUAAUGGGUUCCAAAAAAAAUCUAGCAAUGCCUCAAAAACUCAGAUUGAGGAAACUGAUGAAGCAAGGAAAAAGUUCUCUAAUGCUAAGGCAAUUUCGUCAUCUCAGUUUUUUGGUACUCAAAACAGAGAAGAGAAAGAAGCUCAACUAUCCCUUCAGAAAUUUGCGGGUUCUUCAUCCAUUUCAAGCGCUGAUCUUUUUGGUCGCAAUGAUGUGGACAAUUCUAACCUCGACCUAAGUGCUGCCGAUCUCAUCAACAGAAUAUCUUUCCAGGCUUCACAGGAUCUGUCUUCACUCAAGGAUAUAGCUGGGGAGACUGGAAAGAAGCUGACAUCUUUGGCCUCCAAUUUCAUCAGCGACCUGGACAGAAUCCUUUGAGCAGGCGAGGCCAGCAGCAUUUUUCCUACCGGCACCAGAAUAUAUCCCUUCUGGUGCAUCACCGACAGUUCAAAUCAAUUCUUGCACAGCUACAGCUAGAGGGUAGUAGAGGAUUCUUAUUAUGCUUUUGUAUUGACCAUUGUUGUGAGACUCCGUCCACAUGAAGAUAUUUUUAUUUGUUAAAACUUCACGAUGGUGAAGCAUACAAUUAUAUACAUUAAGGUUGCUUGUAUCUUGGAAGAAAAAUUCAUACUGUCUGCGUGGUAAAUGAAACCGAAGCUUAUGUGUUAUCUGUGAUGAUGAUGAA